AUGGCUUCCACGGUUUGGGGGGUUGCCCCCUGGUGGGGCCCGCCACCUCCGGCCCCAGCCAGGCCGCUCACAGACAUCGACUUCCGCUCUGGAGCGCAACUUCAGGAACUGACCCAGCUGAUCCAGGAGCUGGGGGUGCAGGAAAGCUGGAGUAACGGGCCCAAGCCGGGGCCAGACCUUCUCCAGGCCAAGGACUUUGUCUUCUCUUUGCUCAGUCUUGUUCACCGCCGGGACCCCCGCUUUCCUCCCCAAGCAGAACUCUUGCUGCUUCGUGGCGGGAUUCGCGAGGGUUCCCUGGAUCUGGGUCCUGUACCCCUGGGUCCCUACACCCGGGGACCUCACUACGACGCCGGCUUCACGCUCCUGGUUCCGAUAUUUUCGCUGGACGGCACUGGACCGCAGCUGCAACUAGACCUGGGAUCCUGUUGUGCCUGGCUGCACCUCCCCGGGCUGGUGAGCGGAACCUCGGUCCAGGAGGCGUGGCAGGAUUGUCUGGGACCUCCAGUCCCAGGACGAAGUGAUCCGAGCCACCGAAAUGAGAACGAAGGAAGUCCCAAGGACAGACCAAGCUCCGAGGACCAGCCGCACGGUUACGUCACUGAACCUGAGCCGCAGGUGUCUUUAGAAAAAUCAUCUGGUGACGUUUCAGGGCCCGAGUCGCCUCGGCGUGACGUCACCGAUCUUAGUUCUCCCGCACCAUUGAAGACACUGAGUGGUGACGUCACCAAGCCAACUGAGGCGCGGGAGGUGUGGCCCACAUUGUGUCCCACCCAAGUGGCUGCCUGGUUCUUUACUUCGCUGACCAAGGUCGCUGAGGCCCUGACCCCGGCCCCGGGUGCCCCGCGCCUGGUGCACGCGGCCCGCCAUGCGGGGUUCACCACGGUCCUCCUGGCCACGCCGGGGCCCCCGCGGCGUCUCCUGCUCUUCGACCUGAUCCCUGUGGUGUCCGUGGCCGGCUGGCCCGAAGGAGCCCGGAGCCACUCGUGGGCCGGCCCGCUGGCCCCUGAGUCGGCUUCCUUCUACCUUUUGCCCGGCGGCAGCACAGAGCGUCCGGGAGCCUCUGGCUGGCAGCUCUGCUUCGCCCGCCAGGAGCUGGCGCUCAAGGCGCGCAUACCCGAGCCGCUGCUGCAGGCGCACGCCGCGGCCCAGGCGUUGCUGCGCCCACUAGUGGCCGGGACCCGAGCUGCGGCGCCCUACCUGCUGCGGACGUUGCUCUAUUGGGCGUGCGAGCGGCUGCCCGCGCUCUACCUGGCGCGGCCAGAGAACGCGGGCGCCUGCUGCCUUGGGCUGCUGGAUGAGCUCAAACGCGUGCUCGAGGCUGGAGCGCUACCCCACUAUUUUCUGAGCGGCCGGAAGCUCUAUGCGGGGAACAGAGACGCCGCUUUCCUGGAGGCGUUGGCCCGGCUCCGUGGGGACCCUGCUGGGGCCUUGCGCUCAGCGGUGGAGGAGGCCAAGGUUGCGCGCAAGGGGGGCGGCUUAGCCGGCGUGGGGGGCGGGACCCAUUAA